AUGUCUGGAAAUACAAGAUCCAACCAGCCUCCCCAUGCGAAUGGUGGUGGUACUGAUGAUCAGUCUCCAGCAUCCCCGUUUCAUGACCGAUUCCAAUUUGAAGAGGCCGAGGAUGUUGACCUGGAAGAUAACGUGUUCGAAACAAGUGGGAAUGUACCCUCUACUGCACCUUCGUCUGCUUCUCGAAGUGGCUCUAUCAUGAGGAAACAGGGUGCAAAGAGGAAAAAUAACAACAAGAUAGCGUUUGCUGAUGAGGAUAAACCACUUGAGUUUGAAGAACAAUCACAAGAAGUAGAGGACGACGUCCACUCUUUUACAAAUACUCCAAAACUCGCUGCAUCAGGUACUUUCGAUGAUAACAGUGAACAACCUACAGAAACUAGUCACGGCGGGUUUCAAGAAAUGAAGAGGCUCCGGUGGGGUACUCGGCGCACAAAAAAAGGUCAGCCAAAGGUUGGAAGAGCGAAGACUCUUCGGUGGGCUAAAAAGAACUUUCACAAUCCAUUUGAAGACGAUAAACCUAAUUUGGAUGAUGAUGAUCCUUUAGAUGGUAUCAACAGGUCCUCUGAGCUUCGCUCGGUCUACUACAAUCUGCCACUGCCGGACAAUAUGCUGGAUGAGGACGGCAAACCAAUUGCCAUGUACGCACGUAACAAAAUUAGAACUACAAAGUAUACUCCACUAACUUUCUUCCCGAAGAAUAUUCUUUACCAAUUUAGAAACGUGGCCAAUGUUUACUUCUUAGUUUUAAUUAUUUUAGGCUGUUUUGGAAUCUUUGGUGUCACCAACCCUGGUCUGUCUGCUGUUCCGUUGAUUGUAAUUGUUAUCUUGACUGCUAUAAAAGAUGGUAUUGAAGAUUCACGUCGUACUAUCCUAGAUUUGGAAGUGAACAAUACGCUUACGCAUACCCUAUCCGGUAUCGAGAACCACAAUGUUUCGAAAGACAAUGUUUCACUAUGGAGACAAUUCAAAAAAGCCAAUUCUAGAGUGUUGUUCAAGUUUAUUCAUUUUUGUGCUGAACGCUUUUCCAAAGAAGGUAGGCGCGCCGCGGCACAACGCAAGCGUCAACAGCUUCAUGCAAUGAGAUCAAGAACACCCAGAAACUCACUAGAUACUGUUGGUAGCUAUCGAAUGUCUGGUGCCUAUGAAAGAGACUCGCUUGAUUACGAUAACAUUGGUCAAAUUGUUACUAGCGAUGAAGUGACAGUGUUAGAUAAGAAUAUGCCUUCAAGAACUGACUGCAAAUUCGUCAAAGACUAUUGGAAGAACGUGAAGGUUGGUGAUAUUAUCCGCAUUCACAACAACGAUGAAAUUCCCGCUGAUGUUGUUUUGUUAUCAACUUCUGAUUCAGAUGGAGCAUGCUAUGUGGAAACUAAAAAUUUAGACGGUGAAACGAACUUGAAAGUUCGUCAGUCGUUACGCUGUAGUCAUCGAAUCAGAAAUUCCAGAGACAUCACUAGAACUAAAUUUUGGAUUGAAAGUGAAGGACCACAUACAAAUCUAUAUUCAUAUCAGGGUAACUUGAAGUGGAUAGAUUCUGAGGAUUCACAGCUAAAAAAUGAACCAAUAAAUAUCAAUAAUAUGCUAUUACGUGGCUGCUCAUUGAGAAACACGAAAUGGGCAAUGGGUAUUGUGAUGUUCACCGGAGAUGAUACGAAGAUCAUGUUGAAUGCAGGUAUUACGCCAACAAAAAAAUCAAGAAUAUCUCGAGAGCUCAAUUAUUCAGUUAUUGUAAACUUUGUUGUUUUAUUUGUUUUAUGCUUCGUUUCUGGUCUGAUAAAUGGUAUCUAUUAUAGAAGCACUAACAAUUCUAGGACAUUUUUUGAAUUUGGUACUGUAGCUGGAUCCCCAGCUGCAAAUGGUGUUGUUUCCUUCUGGGUCGCAGUUAUUUUAUACCAAUCGUUGGUUCCCAUUUCAUUGUACAUUUCGAUUGAAAUUAUCAAAACCGCGCAAGCGGCUUUCAUUUACGGUGACGUUCUUCUCUAUAAUGAAAAGCUUGAUUAUCCAUGCACACCUAAAUCAUGGAACAUAUCUGAUGAUUUAGGUCAAAUUGAGUAUGUUUUUUCGGAUAAAACUGGUACGUUGACUCAAAAUGUUAUGGAAUUCAAAAAAUGUACCAUCAAUGGAGUAUCCUAUGGUCGGGCCUAUACUGAAGCGCUGGCUGGUUUGAGAAAGCGUCAAGGUGUAGAUGUUGAAGAGGAAGGCAUUCGUGAGAGGAAAGCGAUUGCUCAAGAUAAAGAUUCCAUGAUUGAAGAUUUGAGACAUAUAAGCACGAAUCCAAAUUUAGACCCUAAUGAUGUUACGUUUGUUUCUAAAGAAUUCGUUCAGGAUCUGAAGGGGGCAAGUGGUGAAUUCCAGAAAAAUUGCAAUGAGCAUUUUAUGCUUGCAUUAGCUCUUUGCCACACGGUUUUGGUGGAAAAAGAUAAGGAUGAUCCUAAUAAACUUGAGCUCAAAGCACAAUCACCUGAUGAGGCCGCCCUAGUUGGUACUGCCAGAGAUAUGGGCUUCAGCUUUGUUCAAAGGACUAAAACAGGUGUGAUUAUUGAAAUUCAAGGUGUUCGGAAGGAAUUUCGGAUACUAAACACACUAGAAUUUAAUUCCACAAGAAAGAGAAUGAGUUGCAUUGUUAAAAUUCCUGGUAACACACCUUCGGAUCCUCCUAAAGCCCUUCUGAUUUGUAAAGGUGCGGAUUCCGUGAUCUACUCGAGACUUAAGAGAAGCACAGAAAACAGCGAGACCUUACUGGAGAAGACUGCUCUACAUCUAGAACAGUAUGCUACCGAAGGUUUGAGAACACUGUGUAUCGCACAAAGAGAGCUUUCCUGGAGUGAAUACGAAGAAUGGAAUAAAAGACACGAAAUUGCUGCUGCUUCUCUAACAGACAGAGAAGAUGAAAUGGAAGUUGUUGCUGAUUCUAUUGAAAGAGAAUUGAUUCUGUUAGGAGGUUCUGCAAUUGAAGAUAGAUUGCAAGAUGGUGUUCCAGAUUCCAUUGCCAUUCUUGGAGAGGCAGGUAUAAAAUUGUGGGUUUUAACAGGUGAUAAAGUUGAAACUGCCAUUAACAUCGGGUUCUCAUGUAAUUUGCUUAACAAUGAAAUGGAGUUAUUAGUUAUCAAGGCAAGUGGCGAUGAAGCUGAAUUUGAAGGUAAAAGUCCAUUUGCAGUCGUUGAAUCUUUGAUCUCUAAAUAUUUGCAUGAAAAAUUUCAGAUGUUAGGGUCAGUAGAGGAAUUGCAGUCCGCUAAAGGUGAACAUGAACCACCAAAAGGAAACUUUGGUGUCAUUAUUGAUGGUGACGCCUUGAAAAUGGCCUUGAGCAAUUCCGAAAUCAGUCGCAAAUUUUUAUUACUUUGCAAAAAAUGUAAGGCAGUGCUUUGUUGCAGAGUUUCUCCUGCACAAAAGGCAGCUGUUGUUAAGCUGGUUAAGAACACAUUGGACGUUAUGACUUUAGCCAUUGGUGAUGGUUCAAAUGAUGUUGCCAUGAUCCAGUCUGCGGAUGUAGGUGUUGGUAUUGCCGGUGAAGAAGGCCGGCAAGCAGUAAUGUCGUCUGAUUACGCCAUUGGGCAAUUCAGAUAUUUGACGAGAUUGAUUUUAGUUCACGGUAGAUGGUCGUACAAGAGAUUGGCAGAAAUGAUUCCAAGUUUCUUUUACAAGAAUGUUAUUUUCACGUUGGCCCUAUUUUGGUAUGGUAUCUACAACAAUUACGAUGGUGCCUAUCUUUUUGAAUAUACCUAUUUGAUGUUCUAUAACUUGGCAUUUACUUCUUUACCAGUUAUUUUCAUGGGGAUUCUCGACCAAGAUGUAAGUGAUACAGUGUCGUUAUUGGUUCCACAAUUGUACAGAGUUGGUAUCUUGAGAACUGAAUGGACUCAAACCAAGUUUUGGCUGUAUAUGGUUGAUGGUCUUUAUCAAUCUGUGAUCAGUUUUUUUUUUACUUACUUGGUUUAUUAUAAGACUGAUCUUGUUACAUCGAAUGGCCUAGGAUUAGAUCACCGCUACUGGGUGGGUAUCAUGGUUGGAGGUAUCGCUGGUAUGUCCUGUAACUUAUACGUGUUGAUACACCAGUAUAGGUGGGAUUGGUUUUCAUCUUUGUUCAUUGCCCUAUCUUGUCUAGUUAUUUUCGCCUGGACUGGUAUUUGGUCGAGUUCUUUACAGAGUGGUGAGUUUUACAAGAGUGCUGCACAUGUUUAUGGUACGCCAGCCUUUUGGGCUGUGAUGUUCGUGGGAAUUCUCUUCUGUUUACUACCACGGUUUACAUACGAUGUCUUCCAAAAGAUGAUGUUUCCCCGCGACAUUGACAUCAUUCGUGAAUGUUGGUUUUUGGGCCAUUUCGAUCAAUAUCCUGAAGGCUACGAUCCUACAGACCCCAACAGGCCUCAAAUAGACAAAACAAGGACGGUAUUUCAUCGUAAGAGCGCAGAGGAAGGUCAUCUUUCGGGAACUAUGGCAAAUGGCAAUAAUGCGUCUCGCGAUACCGUCUAUACCGAGGAAAUUCCCAUGAGCUUUAUCCAAAGCAAUGAAAACUCUCCGGGCCGCUAUCAGAGAAAAUCGAGAUCAUCCCUUGAUAGAACCAGGCAGCGGAUGCUUGAGUCAAACGAGCUCGACAAUCGUUACUCUGUCGAGCGUGCAAGAGUGUCAUUGGAAUUACCAGGCGUUACGCGCGCUGAGAGCUUGAUGCGUCAAUAG